AUGCUUAGUUCCAAAGAAAUAACACGGGUUUUUGUUUGUUAUACUAUUAUAGGUACUCAUUCGGUGGACGUUGAAGAAGAUAUUCAUUGCCCUAACAGAUGUGGCCGUAAGUAUAAGCACAAAGGCAGUGUCGCUAGACACCUGAAGUAUGAAUGCGGAGUGAAUCCUAAAUUCGAAUGCGUUAUUUGCCGUAAGCCUUUCAAGCAACGUAUCAAUCACAAGAUACAUAUGAUUAGAAUACAUAACUGUGUUAUUUAUAAUGCAUUUUUGCAAAUGCGUAUACCAAGUAGUGCAUCAUUGGUCAACAGAAACGAAGAAGUAAUUUUAUGCCCUCAAAAUUGUGGCAGAAGCUAUAAAAAUAUACCCUGUCUAAACAAACACUUAAAAUAUGAAUGCAAUAAAGCACCACAAUUUCGGUGUCUUUUCUGCGAUAAAAGGUCUAAGCGUCCGGAUAAUUUAAGAACGCAUAUGCAACCUUGGCAGUCAGCUACAGCACAGGGACGUGGCAAUACUACCUGGCAAAGGUUACAAACAGAAGAUGACCUGAAUGCCGCCGACAAAAACGGGUCGCCCCGAGGUUCCCACGCAUAUAAUACAACAUCAUUAUUAAAUAGCUCUGAAGAUGUAUACUUAUGCCCUCAAAAUUGCGAGGCUGUAAACUGUUUUGUGUGCAACGAUUGCGGUCGAAGUUAUAAAUAUAAACGUAGUUUACAGAAUCACCAGGAGUUUGAUUGUGAAGCUCGACCAAUAUUUACCAUAAUUUUAUUUGUUUUAGUGGCUGUAAACUGUUUUAUGUGCAACAAUUGCGGUCGAAGCUAUAAAUAUAAGCGUAGUUUAUUUGCACACCAGAAGUUUGAAUGUGGAGUUCAACCAAAAUUUGGUUGUCAUAUAUGUUCUAAAAAAUUUUCCCAAAAAGGAAGUCUACGGAGUCAUUUAAUUAUGAUUCAUAAUACAUUUUAACCAGAAUAACAAUUGAAAAAGUGUAUAUUCAAACUGUACUACCUAAUAAACCUAGCCAAAUAUUAUCUUAA